AUGACCUUGCGAGAGGCUCGGGGCGCCAAGGAUGGCGCAAGGUUGGGCGUGGGAGCGCGCCGCUCCUCGUGGGGGCGUCUUGACGGCGAGGCGCGCGCGCGCGCCGCCUCCGCGGAGAGCGCGCGCGGCGACGGCGUGGGAUCCCGCAGCGCUUCGGGGAGGGCGAGCGAGCAGCGCAACCCGACGGACGCCGACUCCCGCCUUGCGGACAAGGGCGUCCUGAAGGCGGGCGAGGCGCUGCGGCCUGGCCGCCUGGCCGGGCGACUGCGAGCGGCGGCUGCCAGCCAGGCGGCCGCGCCGGUGCGGACGGCCGAGGGCAAGUGCCCGAGCCGCUCACGGAGCGAGCGCCAGACGAGGAGGCCGUUGGGCAUCCUCGAGUUGUUUGCCGGCUGCGGACGCCUGUCGGGAGCCUGUGCGCAGGCCGGCCUGCGCAUCUUGUGUCCGAUCGAUGUUGCGAACGGAAAACACUUCGACCUGCUCAACUCACGUGUUCAGUGUAGGGCAAGAUCUACUGGCUCCGAGGACACCAACGAGGUCACCAGGGGCCUGGAGUUGGCGCUCUUCAGUUGUCGUGCUCUACGGGUAUGUCGUCAGUGCGGGGUCACGGUCUCGGUGGAGAACCCGGCCUCAUCUGGGAUCUGGUCCUACGAGCCACUAAAGAGGGAGCUCCAGAAGUGCUCGUGCAGUCCUGUCAGGUACGACGCGUGCAGGUACGGGGCCCCGUUCAAGAAGUCUACGAUAUUCUUUACUAACGCGGUCUCUCUCGGGGCCCUGGAUAGGAGGUGCAACUGCCGAGUCCCCCGCGAGAUCCUCGAGGGCAAGGUCAAGGUCGAGGGCCCAAGCUCGGGCGAGCCGAAGGCGGGCGCCCUGCGCUCCGACCGAGCACGAGCGAGGGCCACCAGAGCAGGAGGCUCUCGGCAGGAGGGGUACUUGAAGAGCCGCUCGAUCUCCGCCAAGACCUUGCGCGCGCACACCGAGGCAGUGAAGCUGUUCUACCUGUUUUGCAAGAGCGCCAUGGUGCCCACUACCACGUACCAGGAGCUGGACGUGGCCAUGGAGCAGCACCUGCACAAGCUGUAUUUCGAUGGGGAGACGAUCUCUCGGCCGAACAACACAGUGCACGGACUCAUGUACGAGCAGAACCUCGCGUGGUCAAAGACGUCGGCGUUCCCGCUCACUCGGAAGGCCCUACAAGGCUACCGCAAGAGUUCGUGCAGCGUGUCGCGGGAUGGCGCUCCUUGGGAGUGCGCCAUCUUUCUGGCGGUCUUCAUGGCCCGGCACGGCUCGAUCGAGUCGGUCCAGGCGGCCGGCCUGACCCUCCUCAUGUUCGACACCUAUCUGAGGAUCUUGGUGGCGAUCUCGUUGGGUCGGGACCAGGUUGCCCCCCCCCGAGCUCGCUCGGGCCUUCGGAGCUUCUACCCCCUCAUCGUUGCACCGAAGGAGCUCGGGAAGCCGACGAAGGCGGGUGCCUGCGACGACACGGUCCUCGUUAGCGAGACGGCACCAGAGCGCAGGCCAGUCCUGCGAGCGAUCCUGGUCCAGAUCCUGAAGGCCGUCAAGCCCGGAGAAUACCUCUUCCCUGACCUCGCCGCCCAGAAAUACGAGCUGAUCUUCAGGCGGGCCUGUCAGGCCUUGAACUUCGGCGACCUCAAGCUAUGUCCACGCAGCCUCCGACAUGGAGGGGCCUCAGUCGACGCACUGAACGGGAUCGACACCCUCACGAUCCAGAAGCGUGGUCGGUGGAACGUCAUCGCUUCCUGCCGACGAUACGAGAAGAAGGGCCGCAUCUUGAAGCAGCCCUCCAUUCUCGGCCAAGCCCGCGUGCAGGAGUCCGUGGAUGAGCUGGCAUGGCUAGUGUCGAGGUUGCCCCAGCUGCUCUGUUCUGCUUUCAAAGAUAGGUCCGUGACCGUGUCUGUUCCUGUCAAGGUCAGCGUCGAGUGGCCCGACCCGCUCCGCCCCGGCUCGAGCGGGGUGGCGGCCACGGUGCGCCUCCGGAGCCCGGCGGACGUCGCGCUCGCCACCGUGGUCGCCAGGAACGUGGCGGUGGUCGGCCAGGGUCUCGCGCUGUGCCGCGCGGGCUGCGAGAUCUUCGGCUUCGUGGAGCCGAAGGGCCCGCGGCGGUACCACGUGCGCCACAGGACGGGGGUGCACUUGCUCACGCUUGUCGGCGACUUCGCCAGCCUGACCGUCGAAGGGAUCAACCCAGUGGGCUCCAAAGUCUGCUGGUUUCAGCGGUCCGGCGACGAGCUGUGCGGGCGGGUGCUCCAGCACGUGGACGCAGGCCUCGCCAUCUGCAGCUUGCUGGCCACCCACGUCCACCGCAGGCUGCUGCACAACGCGCUCGUGCCACGGCCCAUCGCGGACCAGGAGGAGGAGGAGGAGGAGGGCUCUUCAGAGGUGCAGCCGCCUGUCGAGGCGGAGGAGGCCCCCGAGCCCGAGCGCCACUGA